GAUCACUGCCUAUAAAUCUAGGUGCAAAGGAGCGGGUACCGACACAUUUACCAGACUACCAGGAUAUCAGACAGCUUUCGAACACAGAAGAACUAUGAUUUACAGAAACAGUUUACAAUCACUACUUUUCCUCAACAGUGAGAAAUCAAGACGAAUGACUUCGAAUAAUUCUCAAAAUAAUUCUCAACAAGACUAUUUUCAAUUGCAAUCCAGUGAACAUUCAGACUGAUCUGUCAGCUAGCCUUGUGCUGUAUACAUUGUAUUUGAGAUUUAGCUGGAUUCAUAUAACUAGUGGCAUCGGGUAUACAAUUACACCAUGGCGAGUAAACACAGAAAACCAGAUCUUCUGGAGAAUCUAGCUUGCGCUGGAACAGCAGCAUGUAUUGCUGAUUGUGCGACGUUCCCAUUGGACACGGCCAAGGUCCUCCUGCAGGUACAGGGUGAGAAAAUGUCCCCUAACAAAGCCCUAAAAUACCGAGGCGUGUUUGGUACAAUCCGCGUGGUUGUGCGUGAGGACGGGGCCCGGAGACUGUAUAAGGGGAUUGUGCCAGGCUUACAGAGGCAGAUGUGUUUCUCGUCCAUCAGACUUGGAUCCUAUGACGAGGUCAAGAAGCAAUACAAAAAGCUGAUCUAUAAUGACACCAACAAAAAAGAUAAUUUCUUCAUUCGCAUCUCCUCUGCAAUUACGACCGGUACCGUUUGCGUAUGGUUCGCUCAACCCACAGAUGUCGUCAAGGUACGAAUGCAAGCACAGCCUGGCGGCGUUCCGAAUAGAUAUUCGGGAUGUAUUGAUGCAUACAAGACUAUAGCCAAGCAAGAGGGGGUCCGGUAUGGCUUAUGGAAAGGAAUGAUACCAAACAUGGCCCGAACUAGCAUCAUCAAUGUCGGAGAGAUAGUCACCUACGACAUAUUAAAAACGAACAUUAUAUCGAGGGACAUUUUGUCGGACAAUCUCCCGUGCCAUUUCGUAUCUGCGUUCGGAGCAGGCUUCUGUGCCACAGUCAUUGCUAACCCAGUUGACGUUAUAAAGACAAGAUUUAUGAAUGCCGAAGAAGGACGCUACAAGGGGGUGAUAGACUGUGCAGUCAAAGUCUUCAAUGAAAACGGCUUCCGUACAUUCUAUAAAGGGUUCACGCCGUCCUUCGUCAGACUGGGAUCUUGGAAUGUUGCCACGUUUGUUUGUUAUGAACAAAUCAAACGGCUGGUGAUGGAUCCGCCAUCCACGCUCCGCGUUCCUAAGUUGGCCAAGGCACAUUGUGACGUCAUCGAAAAAAGAGAUCAGCAACUCGUCCAAACGGAGUAACCUCCUCAAUACAGUAUAAGAUAUUUGACUUAACCAGGUUCCAAGCGAUGCUCACGGAAUUAAAAGGGUGCUACGAUACUUACAAAAAUACUGUAGUUGCAUGCUUGUGACGUCACUGAAAUGAACGUGCAUGUGAUGCUAUUUAUGUUCUUGUAAACACGUGUAUCCAGUGUAGAAACUGAACGUGACGUGAUUAAAGGUGGUUAUGAACCGAUAACCUCAUUACAACGGAAAUUCGUUAUACCGGAUUUUCAAGAUACACUUUAUGAUCCAACCAACCAUGUAUGUCAAACUCUUGUAACAACCAAUCAUCUCAUUCCAUGCAGUGAUAGAGACGUGGAAAAAGCCACGUGACUUUUAUACUAAGUAUACAUCGAGGUGUAUUGUGACUUCAUCGCACGUAAUGUUUGACAGCAAUAUUGGUUGUACGUUAUCAACUUAUACGUACAACAUUUAUAAGAGAACUGCAAGUUCUAUUUAUAGAUAUGCAUGUACAUGUGUAAAACACUAGAGUUGGUACUCCGCAUGCAACACAUUGAGAGAUUUACAAUGCAGUAUGCAUGUGUUUGAAAUGAAGGGACAUUCCUUCGUUCGCACGUCAGAAACAUGCACAAUUUCAUUUGAUGAAAUCUGUGUCCGAACGAUGAUUAUACAAGUGUUUGUGCCAACAAGUAAUGAAAUUAACGACGAAAUGUACAGGAAAGAUGCUUAUCGUAUACUAUACGAUGUCUUUGUAGUAAUAAGAAAUACUUUGGGUCGAAUUAAGAAUUUUCAGGACUUAAUACUCCAAGAACUUUGGUUUAUCUUGAGAGUAAAACUGCCUUAUCAAUGUAAAGAUCAUAACUUUAACAACUUGGAAAAAAUACAUAUUUUCCAAUAAGUUUGAUUUUGAUGUGUAAGGGAUCAUGCUUACGUGUACAAACAGGUCUUUUUUUAAUUAGUAUACCAUAUAUUUACAUCAAAUGUAAAUUUUUGUAUACAUUACACACUUGCUCCCUGCUAAUCAAUAGUAUUAUGUUAAUUUGCCAUUAGACAUCCAAGAAGUCUUAUUGUUCCUUUUAUCACCAUCACUUACAUGUGAAAUUUCCCCUUGGUGACUAUAAGAUAAUAUGUACAUUUUUACGUGUGCCUCAUUUAUAUACACGAUUAUCAUUAAUUUGUGUUGAGUAUACACGUACGUUCUUAAGAAUCAGGUUUCCAUUUAUUCAGUUGUUGAGUGGUAAAACAGUUAAGUUACAUAGUUUUCUACAUUGAGGAUUUCAAUUAUCACAUAUAUCACAAAUAUCACAUACGGAAAGUAACGGGUCCCAAUGUUCAGUCCUAGAUUUCAUAUGUAUACCAUAUCCUGUCCCUUACCCAUUCCUGGGUAAUUAUCAUCCUAAACACAGGGCCUUGUGCCGAGCUUAUAAUUAUAUUCUGUAGAAUUUUCUACUUCUAUGGAAUCGCCGCUGUCUUUCAAAUUAUUGCAUCAGUUUUGUGUAUGAUGAUGCAAUCGUCAUUGUUCUAGUAUGAGAGAGGUCCGGAAAAUUUCAGGUGAGUUCCUCUCGCAGUUAUUUGUUAUUUGUAAAUGGUUGUAAUGUUAAUUGACAUCCCCGACAUUUGUAUCAAAUGAAUAAGGGUGUGUUUUUAUUGUUGUUAAUAUACAUUUGUAUCAAAUGAAUCUGGGUUAUUUUAUAGUUGAUAUAAAGAGGUAUCAAAUGUAGACUUAUGCUGGAAGUUCACUUCAUUGUAUAUAUUUUAUAAUGCGCUCAAACAUUUCAAUAGUGACGAAUUAGUCGCUGAUUCCGGAGUUUCAACAAUACAUGUACACAUUAUCCUAUAACAUAUUUGUCUCAUAAAUUUUGUAUUUAAUACAAACAACAUUGGAACUCUCAUCUCCGAGUCAGCGCCUGGGUCCGCCAUUAACUUGUUCUCAUUCCAUAGAAUAAAACAUAUGAGUACUACAUUUUA